GCAAACCACAUAAAAGGGCUUACUACACAGUUCCAUGGUGACAGAGCGAAUAUCUUUCUGCCAAGAUGUAUGCUCUGCACCAAUUCAUGCUAAUUCAUGUGUUGACGUGCCUUGGAAAAAAUGCACUUGGAAGUGAAAUUAUAAAUGGGGAAAAAGCUCCCGAGAACUCACUGUUGUAUAUGGCCUCGGUGCAGAGCAACUAUGGUCACGAUUGUGGAGGAUUUCUUGUAAGUGAGGACUUUGUGGUCACUGCUGCACACUGUGAUGAAGAGAAUCCAAAGACAGUAGUUCUUGGCACCCACGAUCUCAGCAAGCCUGCUAACACCGUGAAAGAUGUAAUCAUGAAAUGCAUACACCCAUAUUAUAAAGGUGUUGGAAAUGGGAAUGACAUCAUGCUACUCAAACUUUCUAGUGAAGUCCAACCAAGCAAGAGCAUCCAAAUUAUUAAACUUCCCUCUUCUGAAAUAAAGCUAAAGGAAAAUGAAAGGUGCCUUGUGGCUGGGUGGGGUAUGACAAAAACUGAUGGUCCAUUAGUUCACCAGCUGAGAGUAGUGGAUGUGUCUGUUAUCAGCCCAGAGGUCUGUAGGGAGAACUGGCCGGGUCUUCCAGACAGUCUUAUUUGUGCUGGUGGUUAUGGCACAAACAAAGGAUUCUGCCAGGGUGAUUCUGGUGGCCCUCUGAUCUGCAAUGAUACAGCUGUUGGUGUUGUUUCUUUCAACAAAUGGGGCAGAUGUGACUACCCGGAUGUACCAAAUGUCUAUGUGGAUAUCUCAAAACACCUUAACUGGAUCAACGGGAUUCUCAAGACAAAGCAUUGUUAAAUCUUACAUAAAUCUUUGCUUUGACACACUGUUAUUGUAGUUGUGCAUUUAAAUCACUCUGUGUUUUAUCUAGAUGCAGAAUAAAUAAAUGUUUCAAAUAUUUCUCAGCAGACAUGUAAUUGUAGUAAAGUUGCUGUAGUGACAAUAUUAUUGUGAUGUUAUUUAGCUAAUUUUAACACAAUAAAUCCCCAGUAAAUGAUUUAAGGGACAGUAAAAAUGUUCCCCUGGAGUCAGAAACAAAAAAAAUGCAGUCUUCGCUCAGCAUGGUGCAGUUAUUAGAUGAGAUGAGAUCAAGUUUCAAGGUUGGCUGGGUAGUUUUAAGAGUGCACCCUGGCGCGCACGCUAUGACAGCUAGGAUAGGCUUGAGCUCUGUAACCCUGGGUUUAAUAAGAAAAUGUAAUUGCUCUGAGCAGUUUUUGAUAUGGGCGACAUGGGCGGUUGCCCAGGGCACCCAACAGGCCAGGACCGCCCCUGGCUCUGAGAUCAUGAGCAUAGCUUUAUUGUUGACUAACAAGAUAAAAUUUACUUGCUAAUGCUAGCUGUGUUUCCAUAGAUCCUAACUGAUCUCAGAGCGGUGAGAGCAGAACAACAGUACUUUGGCUUGUGAGCUGCUCUCCAAUCAGUUUACAAACACCAGCGGUUUAGCCACAAUUCACAUGCACAAACCACCAGAAAAAGCAAAAAAAAAAAAAAAGGCUGGAUGCAUACAUAAUAUAUGAUUAUAUAUAUAUAUAUAUAUAAUUGACUGGCAAGGAGCUUUAGUACAGUGCUGUCUGGAGAGUGAAGCGUUAAUUUGUUUAUUUUUAGACCAGAUCUUUUUUUAAAUUUUGUUCUGAUAUGUAAAACCUUUGAAAGGAAAGGAGAUUUAAUUUCUUUUUAUCAUGAAGGCGGACAUAUGUUUGUGGUCUAAUUAAAGUAAAUCUUAAUCUA